AUGCCGGUAUAUCGAUCAUUCUCUGGGCCAGGUGCCAUGUGUAUUUACUAUAAUGCGCCUUCAGUGGGCAUACUGCGGGUCAACAAGUUGAUUCGUCAGGAAGCCCACUCUAUCACAGAGCGUGGCCACAUGCAAAUGUGCCCAUCGAUCACCUUCAAGCUCCCCGAUCUCGCCUGUGAAUGGUACAACUUUAUGAUCAGGAUUCAUGAGAUGAUCAAGGGGCUCAAGUGCUACACAGAGUACAUUGGGGAGCAAUACGUGGCACGCUGUGGCCUUCCACGCGAUCUUCAUCCACCCACCCUUGUCGAGAUGAGCAGUGAACUCAGACGGCAUUUACUGGAUGGCUGUUAUCGCUGGCACAGAUCUGGUCUGUGGUUUCACGAUGAGGGCUCCUUCACCGAGUUUCUUAUGCGGACAAGCUUAGCAUUGCAUCGAGGUAGCAAUCUAGCCAUCCGCGUGAUCAUGGAUGAUAACUCCCCUCGCGAGCCUCGCGAGGGCUACGAAUUUUCUGUUCGCCAAUUUAUUGGACUUCAACUCGCAUGCACCUCCAGUAGUAGCAUUACGUUCCAACUUUCGGUGCCUGGCGACCGUGUUGCACGUGCUCGGGAGGCCUUCGGUAAGCCGGACUACGCGGGUAGAUACCUAUCACGUAGAACCUGGAGAGUGGACGUGCUGGAAGGUGACGCUGUUCCUUUGCAGUAG